AAACCCCUCAUUGUUCGCAGCUGAUGUCACUCGCAGUUGUGAGCGGCCGCCUCUCCCGGGGACAAUGUGGGACUGAGCGGCCCAGCCGCCGUGCCGCCGCCGCCGCCGCCGCAGGACAGCCCCAGCGAGGCCAUUUCCAGCACAUAGGAGAGAGAUUGAAACCAACGUGCAGAACUGCCAGUCCCCUGACACGCUUUGCCCCACCCACUGCAGCCCAGUGCUGAAUGAACCCUGCCCAGAGGUGUCUGUAGUGAGCUUCUGCCCUAGUGACUUCUGAGCCGGCCAGGUCGCAGCGCAGACACACUCGCAGGUCACUGUGGCCCCAGCCUCGCCUGACAGAAUGAGCGGCUCGGAUGGGGGACUGGAAGAGGAGCCAGAGCUCAGCAUCACCCUCACGUUGCGGAUGCUGAUGCAUGGGAAGGAAGUGGGCAGCAUCAUCGGGAAGAAGGGCGAGACUGUAAAGCGAAUCCGGGAGCAGAGCAGUGCCCGGAUCACCAUCUCCGAGGGCUCCUGCCCCGAACGCAUCACCACCAUCACCGGGUCUACAGCGGCUGUCUUCCAUGCAGUCUCCAUGAUUGCUUUCAAACUGGACGAGGACCUUUGUGCUGCUCCUGCAAAUGGUGGAAAUGUCUCCAGGCCUCCAGUGACCCUGCGCCUUGUCAUCCCUGCCAGUCAGUGUGGCUCACUGAUUGGGAAGGCUGGCACCAAGAUCAAGGAGAUCCGAGAGACUACGGGUGCCCAGGUACAGGUGGCAGGGGACCUGCUCCCCAACUCCACAGAGCGAGCUGUUACGGUGUCUGGGGUGCCUGAUGCCAUCAUCCUGUGUGUGCGCCAGAUCUGCGCUGUUAUCCUGGAGUCCCCACCCAAAGGAGCCACUAUCCCCUACCAUCCGAGCCUCUCCCUAGGUACUGUUCUUCUCUCUGCCAACCAGGGCUUCUCUGUCCAGGGUCAGUAUGGGGCUGUGACCCCAGCUGAGGUCACCAAGCUCCAGCAGCUCUCAAGCCAUGCGGUCCCCUUUGCCACACCCAGCGUGGUGCCAGGACUGGAUCCCGGCACACAGACCAGUUCACAGGAGUUCUUGGUUCCCAACGACUUGAUUGGCUGUGUGAUCGGGCGCCAGGGCAGCAAGAUCAGUGAGAUCCGGCAGAUGUCAGGGGCACAUAUCAAGAUCGGGAACCAAGCAGAGGGCGCUGGGGAGCGGCAUGUCACCAUCACUGGCUCUCCGGUCUCCAUCGCCCUGGCCCAGUACCUCAUCACUGCCUGUCUAGAGACGGCCAAGUCUACCUCCGGGGGGACGCCCGGCUCGGCCCCCGCAGACCUGCCUGCCCCCUUCUCGCCACCCCUGACGGCCCUGCCCACAGCUCCCCCUGGCCUGCUGGGCACACCCUAUGCCAUCUCCCUCUCCAACUUCAUCGGCCUCAAGCCCGUGCCCUUCUUGGCUCUACCACCUGCUUCCCCAGGGCCACCGCCGGGCUUGGCGGCCUACACUGCCAAGAUGGCAGCGGCUAAUGGGAGCAAGAAGGCUGAGCGGCAGAAAUUCUCCCCCUACUGAAGCCAGCUGAGGUACAGGCAGGGGCAGGCAGGACCACCAGCAGGGGGCUGCCUCCGCACCCUACCCACCCAAGGAGACUCCACCCUGGGAUCCCAAACGCCGCUAACGCCCAGACGCAUGGAUGCACCCCCUAUCUUGCCUCCGUCUAUGGGAGUUCCUUCUCUCAGAGUGGGGGCAGUUUCUGGCCCAGGGGUCUGAGCUGCAGCAGCCCCAGGGCAGGGGGCCCUACCUCCUCACCUCUGUGCUUGGAUACAGGGAGCAGCCAGGAGACUCCCUAGUGCCCCCACCAUGGCGGGUGUCACUCACGCACUCCCCAUCCCUUAGGGCUUCCUGGCCUCCUGCAUCCUUGUGGGAUCAGGGAGGAGGGCCCGGGGGGUAGCUGGGGCCAGGCUUCUCUCCCCACCACCUGCAGAUUUCUUGCUGCUUCCACUGAUACCCUUUUGACUGGAAUGAACUGGCUGGGCUUGUCAGGGGGCACCCCAAAGAGGGGGCACUGCCAGGUAGCUGGGGGAGUGGCAUGGGGCAGGGGCCCAGUUCUCAGCAGCAGACACUCUGUACAGUUUUUUCAAUCCCUGUUUUUUGAAUAAAUAUUCUCAGUGACCAGGAA